CACUCAAACACUUCUCUCUGUAUUCGGAUUUUUAACUCUCUUCCACCAGCACCAUGUGUAAGGGGCUCGCAGCCCUUCCUGCCACCUGCCUGAAAAGUGCAAAGGAUAUAAAGCACAAGAUCGGGUUUCUGCUUCAGAAGGCUGAGCCCAAUCAAGAGCAAAAGCCAGCAAAGGAAAAAGAAAAGGAGAAGAGCAGCAUGGUGAAAAGCUUUGUUCCUGUGGAUACUGAGAAAUGGAAAACAUCCUUUACUAACAUGAUUAAUAAUGAUGUUGGACGUGCUGCAUUCACUUCUUUUUUGAAGUCAGAGUACAGUCAGGAAAAUAUUGAAUUCUGGGAGGCAUGUGAGGACUUCAAGAAAACAUCUGCACCACAGAUGCAUGUGAAGGCCAAGCAGAUCUUUGAACAGUACGUUGAAGCUGAUUCCUCAAACGAGGUCAACCUGGACUCUGCGACAAGAGAGGAGACACGAAAGAACCUGGAGAAUUGUGACGUGACCUGUUUCGACGAGGCCCAGAGUAAAAUUUUCAUGCUGAUGGAAAAGGACUCGUACAGGCGCUUUCUGAAGUCCAAACUGUUCCUCGACCUGUCACAGCCGUGCCAAAAUGAAAAACCAUGCGGCUUAGAGAGAAAAGGGACCAUUACUGAGUUUAGUCAGUGCCUCUUGUCUCAUUGUGCUUAAUUCAUAAAUGAAAUCUUCAGCUCACCUUUUUAUGUUCGCAGUCGGGAAGUUUCUGUCGGGAAGUGAUGGCUUGAUUAUGUAGACAGACAACAGAAUGUUUAUUCUUGUUUUUCACAGCUGUUUUUGUGAGCUUUUAAAACUAUGACACAUUUUUAUUUUAAUGUAUUUUUCACUUUACUGUUGAUGUAAACAUGUCCAUGUAACUUCAUUUAAGAAGGAAAAAGGCAUCUUGUAUAUUGCAUGGGACGAGGUUAAAGGUAAAAAGACACUGAUGUAGUUUACAGUGAGCAAGUUUGCACCUGAAUGACUGUUACAGGUAAUAAAGCAUUGUGUACUGUAGUGUAGUAUAGUAUAGUGUGGUGUGGUGUAGUAUAGUGUAAUAUUUGACUCACUGUUCGAAUUGGAGUAAAACAAAGUCCUAUCUGAGGAUGACUUUAAUUCUCUCAUAUACCCGUACAAACAUAUCAAUAAUAAAUGUAUCUUACUGUCAAUAUUGUGUGUUAUUGCUGUUAGUUGCCAGUAAAUCUGGCCUAAUAAUGAAGCUCUAAAACUCUAACAAAUGUGGCUGAGCUAUAUCUGCUUAUUGUACUGUUUGUUACAGUGAAUUCUACAAUCUAACGUCACUUUAUCUUGGCUUAUUAGAAUAAAUGCCUGAAUCUGUUUACAUAUUUGUUUACUUCUAUAUUUACUUGUGUUAUCCAUAUUUAUUGUAUUGUUUAUGAAUAAAAAAAUA